GUAAAACUUUUGUUCACCGGUCAAACUUUUGUUCUCUUCCUUCGCAAGUUAGAUAGGGAGAGAUCUUCCCACUUCUCCUUGCCGCACACACUCGAUUCAUAUAUACUCACACACACACACACAUACGUUAUUAUUCUAUCUAUCCGUUUCUAGUUCUACCAUGGGUUCAAUGGCGAUUGAGGAGGAGAAGCAGACGGCGGCCAAGCCUUUCGACGAAGAAGCCGCCUCUGCGGUGGUGAAGGAGCUGAGAGCGUCCUUCGUCUCCGGCAAGACUCGAAGCUAUCAAUGGAGGGUGUCGCAGUUCAAGUGCAUACUCAAGCUCAUCACCAAAAACGAGCGGGAGAUCGUUGACGCUCUCCGCUCCGACCUCUCCAAGCCCGAACUCGAAUCCCAAGUCUACGAGAUAUCUAUGUUAAAAAACUCGUGUAAAUUGGCAAUUAAGGAGCUGAAGAAAUGGAUGAAGCCAGAAAAGGUUAAAACUUCGAUAGCAGUUUUUCCUGCGUCAGCUGAAAUAGUGUCUGAACCGCUUGGUGCUGUACUAGUAAUUUCAGCAUGGAAUUAUCCUUUCUUACUGUCACUUGAUCCAGUUGUUGGAGCCAUUGCGUCUGGUAAUGUUGUGGUUCUUAAACCAUCAGAACUUGCUCCAGCCUCAUCGUCAUUGCUUGCAAAACUAUUAGGUGAAUAUAUGGAUAGCUCUUGUAUAAGAGUCGUUGAGGGGGCUGUUGCUGAAACAUCUGCACUGUUAGAGCAAAAGUGGGAUAAAAUAUGUUACACAGGAAAUGCAAGAGUGGGACGUAUAGUGAUGGCUAGUGCUGCAAAGCACCUUACACCUGUUCUAUUGGAGCUUGGAGGAAAAUCUCCUGUUGUUGUUGAUUCUGGCAUUAACUUACAAGUUGCUUGUAGGCGAAUAAUCGUUGGUAAGUGGGGGUGUAAUAAUGGACAGGCUUGCAUCUCCCCUGAUUAUAUCAUAACAACAAAAGAUUUUGCUCCUAAGCUGGUGGAUUCUCUGAAACAAGAAUUGGAGAACUUCUAUGGAAAGAAUCAACUAGAAUCAAAAGAUUUGUCUCGUAUUGUGAAUCCUCAUCACUUUGCUCGCUUGACGAAGCUCUUGUAUGAGGAUAAGGUUUCUGGAAAGAUCGUCCAUGGAGGUGAAAUGGACAAAACCAACUUGAGGAUAGCUCCUACCAUCUUGCUCGAUGUUCCACAAGACUCUUUGAUCAUGAGUGAGGAAAUAUUUGGCCCUUUGCUUCCCAUUCUCACGGUCGACAAAAUGGAAGACAGUUUUGAUUUGAUAAACUCAGGAACAAAGCCUCUUGCUGCGUAUUUGUUUACCAACAAGAAGAAGCUGAAGGAGCACUUUGUAAAUACCGUCUCUGCCGGUGGUUUGGUUGUCAAUGACACUACCAUACAUCUUGCUGUUCCCUCCUUGCCUUUUGGAGGAGUUGGGGAAAGCGGAAUGGGUGCGUACCAUGGAAAAUUCUCUUUCGACGCUUUUAGCCAUAAGAAGGCAGUUGUUUAUCGAGGUUUCUUCGGUGAUGCUUCCAUAAGAUACCCACCAUACACAAAGGGGAAGCUAAGAAUUCUGAAGGCUCUUAUCAGCGGUGGCAUAUUAAGCAUAAUCCGCGCUCUGGUCGGAUGGCCUAAGGCUUAAGAGAAACUAGGAUCUGGCUUUGCUCAUGUGAUUGCUUCUUUCGGUCAGAUUUAUGGAAGUCUUUCGUCGUACAAUAUACAAAUAUGGUUCUGAUUUCAAUUUGGACAAAGGCUUGAUUAUUUAUGGAAAGGGAGAAUGGAAAUUGUAAAAGUUGGUGGUAAAUAUCAUAAAUUGAUAUGUUUAAAUGUGUUUGUGAUUGUAUCAUACUAUCAUGUUCCAAAGCUGAAGCGUUUCGUUGUUUUA